CUGAGGGAUCUGAUUGGCUACCUUGACUGGUUGAUGGAGCGGCAACUUGUCCCACUCAGAUACGUAUCCCUAACUGGUUAGGGUUACGGCCACCCUAACCCACAUACAGUACGACCGGUUAGGGUUACAGCGUCCCCCUGGCAUGACACGUAAUUUGUUGCUUGCCAGUGCUGUCUAUCAGAGCUCCCAAAACCCGCAUCACCGCAGUCCUUUCCUGCUGAAUCAUCGUCUUGCUCCUUCUCGGCAUCCGGGACAUCAAGUCAGCCUGAAAAGACCUGCGUCUUCUCUCGCAAAUAACAACGCUAUACCUCUAAACGGAGGGUCUCUACUUUCGAAAUCACCGGUAGUACAGAAACACCAUGAGCCGAGGAUCGAGCUCCGCCUACGAUAGGCAUAUCACUGUCUUCUCCCCUGAGGGACGACUAUACCAAGUCGAAUACGCGUUUAAGGCCAUUUCCAAUGCUGGGGUCACUUCAAUCGGUGUGAGAGGGAAGGACUGCGCCGUUGUGGUAACGCAGAAGAAGGUUCCGGACAAGCUCUUCGACCCUUCCACAAUUACCCGUGUGUUUCAAAUCACCCCUAAGAUCGGAUGUGUGAUGACUGGACUAUUACCCGACGCGCGAAACCAAGUUUCUCGCGCCCGGAUGGAAGCUGCCGAAUGGCGGUACAAAUUCGGAUACGAGAUCCCAGCGGACAUGCUGGCGAAGCGCAUGGCCAACAUCAACCAGGUGUACACGCAGCACGCCGCCAUGAGGCCUCUCGGCGUUUCAAUGAUCCUCAUCGGCUUCGACGACGAACGGGGCCCGCAACUCUUCAAAUGCGAUCCCGCAGGCUACUUUGUCGGGUACUACGCCACCAGCGCAGGCUCCAAGCACCAAGAGGCGCUGAACCACCUUGAAAAGAAGCUCAAGAAGCGGCCGGAGCUUAAUGAGGAGGAUACCGUCGAGCUGGCAAUCAACACCCUCUCCAACGUCCUCUCCCUUGACCUCAAACCCGCCGACCUCGAAAUUGGGAUCGUCACAGCAGCCAACCCGCGUUUUGUCCAGCUGACCACCGAGCAGAUUGAUGAGCAUCUUACGCGGAUUGUUGAGAAGGCCGAUUAGGUGGGAUUGGGAGGGUCUGCGUGCGGGGUUGCGUUGGGAGAGGGGAAAAGGAUUUGAGGGGUGGAGGAUACGGCAGAAGGAAGUAGGACGACGGAGGAAUACUGCAGCUCUGAGGAAUACGCAGGAAGGAACGAGCUUUUCUCCCCGUGGUAUGCGGUGGUAAGGGUCAUCCCCGGCGCAUUCCCCGCCCUUGCCCACCCGCCCGCCUCGCCCGCAGAUGUACAGCAAAAUAUAUACUUUACGCUUCUACGUCUUUGAAGAAACUCGUACGGAC